AUGCUCAGCGCCAAAGCUCUAGGGAAGCAGCGGGUUGUUGACAUUGAGUCUUCCCAGGUACAGACUGCUGAGCAUGUAGACAAAGACCUGGUCGUCCGCUUUAUCGAAGGCAUACCGGAUCUCACAGUACAGGUCGCCCAGACGGACGUUGUUCGUGAUAUCAAGAGGAAGAUACGCGAUGCAAGACCCCAGUUGGAGGAUCGACGUCUCAGAUUGAUUCUCUCGGGACAACUCCUCGCAGAGAAUGCGCAGCUAUAUUCGCGCCUCGCGUCGCUGGAAACGCGCCAGCGUCGGGCUGUGUCUGGGGAUGGCGAGGAUGAGGGCGAGGGAACGAAAGAGCGACACGCUAGUACCAUAUGGCUCCAUUGUUCUGUCGGACCUCAGAUGACGGCAGAUGAAGAUGAUGAGGCUCAAGUUCAGACAGCUCAAUUGAAACCGCUGAGAGGUUUUGACAGACUCGCUGCAGCCGGUUUCUCCGAACAAGAUAUUGCGAAUAUCCGACUACAGUUUCACGCGCACUCUGCAGGCGACUAUAUUGAUCAGGACUUCGAGAACGACGAAGAUUUCGACGAGCAUGCUCGCGCGCUCGAAGAGCAAUGGAUUGACUCAUUCGACAAUGGGGGUGCUUCUCUCUCCCAGACCUCUCAUACGUCAUCAACAGUUCUCAAUGGUGUGAUUAUCGGAUUUUUCUUUCCAUUGUUUCCAGUUUUUUUCUUCCACUCUCCCAAACCAGCGGCCUUUUGGGACGAUGGCACUGAACACGAAGCAAUGGGUAGUGUCAUAUUCUCGUAA